AUGCCCCCCGGUACAUCCCAGCAGCCAAUCAUGAUUCAGUCUCAGUCCGCGACAGCCCCAGCGCAAAACUCGGGACGGCUCAAAUACGCCGACCCCCGCGAUCUUCCCAGCUUUCCUUCUACCGGUCUCCGUCCCGAUGGUGCUGCUGCAAGUGCUGCCGCUUCUCUCGGGUGGUCCAACCAGAAACCCAUCGAGCUUUGGAAACCCGACAAGACGUCUUCGGCCUCCGCGGCGGCCGCUCUAGCAAAGAACUACAAGAUGGCGCCUUCGUGGGAACCAACUUCUAACUCUGCAGGACAGCAGGCAGCACUUUUAGCAGUUGGCUCCGCAAAUGCAGCAAACAAGACGUCGAUCCAACGCAAGUCUCACGAGGGUUGGGGAAGCUCUGCUGCCAACCAGGCAUUCAACACAAAUCGAUCCAACUCGAUCCGACAAGUUGACCAAACGACCUCUAGCUCUUCACUUCAGGGUCAAAAGUCUCUCGCCGCAGCCAAAGGGGCCAUGGCAACCACCAGACGCCGCGCUCAGUCCACACCUACGGCUCCUCCUGGUCAUGACCCUCUAAGCCUGGGUGCGAGCACACGACCAGAUGCGUUAAGUGGUGCAACUCUGGCGCAUAAAGCCAGUCUCAGAUCCAAGCCAUCGACAGAAAACGCAGGCGCUGUUCCUAUCACAACCAUGACCCGUAACAUGUUCACCUCUCAUCCUCCUGUCAAGCCAGAGGUGGAUGAACGGAAAACCAACGAGCAACUUCACGCAACUGCUGUCGCAAUGGCACGAAAGAUGUAUACGCAGCAACAGAAGAUUAUUGACCAGGCCAAGGACAAUCAAGGCCAGGAUUCCGACGUGGCACAGCCCAAGCCAUAUAUCAAUCUUCAGGACGCCGCUUACAAGCAAGCCCAAGAGCGACUAGCGAAACUCGAAGAGGAACACCAGAAGAACCGAGACCUCCAGGGAUACUAUGGGAAUUCAACCUCGUCUCGGCGCAGAUUUACGUUGACUUCGAAACUGCGACGUCGGUCAUCAAGCGACGGUGACCUCGACGAUCGGCAACAGUCGGAAAAGAUUCGACAGCAAAUGUCACUCUUUUCGAACAAACUUUCCGAGGUUGACGAGAAGAAGCGCGCCGACGAUCGCAACAUACUACUUGCCGCGGCACAGCGCAACGUCAAGGCUCGACUUCAAGGCAUGGAUGAGAAGGUCUACCACGAGACCGGCAUGGUCAACCCAACAUUGUUGAACGAGUGGGAGCUCAAGGCUCACCAAGUAGCAACUGCCAGUCACGAUGUUAGAAACGCGAACAAGGGCAAGGUUGACAUUGGAGGUGGGAAGUUUAUGGACCCCCACGAGGUGAACACGAUUGCAGCCAAGAGAGUGAAGCCUGUGUUGGACGACAUCAACGAGAAGGCAGAGGCUGAGCGGGAGCGACUCGCGGCGCUCAGGCUUGAGGAGGAAGCAAAGAAGGCCGAGCAAGAGAAGCAAAAGGCCCGAGAGCGAGAGAUCAAGGAGAUUACCAAGAAACUGAAAGAACAAGAAAAGCAAGAGUACAAGGCGAAAAAGGCGGAGGAAAAAGCAGCCAGAGCAGAGGAGAAGCGCCACGCCAAGGAGGAGAAGCGAAGGUCCAGGGGCGAUUCUGUGGUGACAGGUGAAGAGGGCAUUGAGGACCAUGCAAGUGCUCGAAGUGAAGAGGCUGGAGAUGCACCUGUGACGGAACCAACUGAGCGACCUACAACAACGAUGCUUGAUACGGAUACAAGCAAUACGGACAACCAGCACAAAAUGAGUGAUUCGGGAAUGUCGCCCACCUCCAAGGUCAAGGGGUGGAUCAGGAACCGCUUCUCUCGAGGCAAGUCUCUGGGAGAAAAGGACAGGGAGACCCACAGCCACAAGAGACACAGCUUCAUCGGAGGUGCCGCUCUUCGGGGAUCAGACCUGAAUCAUAGUACGACAAGUCUCGAUAACCGGCCGUCGAGCAUGCGAGACGUUGCUUUCGCCGGUCGAAGCGCCGAAGCUGAGAUGAGCGACCCGGAACGGAGGGAUUCUCGAGGCGUCAGCCCUGUCAGCACCCUCGAGGAUCUUACAACGGAUAGGACCCGAGGUCUGGCGAUUACUCCGCCUCCCGCGAUCGAGGAUCCGGCAGUGCGGGAUACGCCUAGUCCAUCCCGGGAUUCUCGGUUCAAGGAGAUGAUGGAUCAAUAAGCUGCUUACUGUGCAGUGACAUGUUGGAUGGUUCCUGGUGCAUGGCAUUGGUUGUUUAACAUGGAGGAGUGUCAUUGGGUGGUGAUUACUUGAGUUUGGUUUCGGAGUUAAGUGGAAGUUUCCUAUUCGACGGUGUCUUUGGAUGACGCGCAAUCCCUGAGCGUGGCGUAUCAUGUUUGUAUGAAAUGAUGAGGACCCUUGAGUACAUGACAGGUGGACAUGUUUUUCACGUUGGAAACGACAGUCAUGAUGGAAAAGGCGCAAUGUGCACAGAUUGUAUGUAUGUACAGUACAAGAUGAUGAAUGUCUAAGCUAGUGUAACAGAGUCGUCGCGGCAUCCAAUGUCUUUCCCAAUGUCUAACAGUGUCUAGAAUGCAACCUUUAACCAAAUAGAAUGUGUGCUGUCUCUAUUUUGAGCCAGUCCAUGGUUCCCAAAACGCCAUGCAACUAAAAAGGGGGAAUCAUUCCGGCAUAUCCCAUGCAAGUGAGAUGUCUUGUGUGUGUGUGUGUGUGUGUGUGUGUGUGUGUGUAAUUAUGUCUUGUUGGAGAUUUGAUGUAUGUAUGGUGUUGAUGAAUAUCGAGUCUUAAAAGUCUCGGGGAGGAGGGCCAUUCUGGGCCAUCUCAACGUCGCGGGGGUAGAUAUUGCUACUCGACCCGUUACCGCUGUCAACGUCGUUGGGUGUGGCAGAAGCAGAGGGGACGAGGUAGGACUUGGGGUACCUAGCGUCGGGGCUCUUUGUGCGGACGGCAGGGUAGAGGUCGAUGACGAAGGAGACGGCGUAAAAGGUGAAGAUGAAGGAGAUGAUCCAUUCGAGGACGGCGGCGGGAUCUCGCUUCUUCUGGCGGCUUAGGACGCCAAAGGCGACAAUGAGGGCGAACUCGACGAUGAUGAAGAUGAGCU